AUGAAGAAACACAAGGACGAGGAUGAGGAGGAAGUCAAGGCUGAAGUUACUUCCAGGGAGAUCGACAUUGAAGAAAAUGUAAAGGAAUCUAAGGGGGAAGUAGAGGAGGAGACGCAUAAAGAUGGAGGAAAGGACGAUAAAAAGAAGAAACACAAGGGUGGUGAUGAUGAAAAAGAGAAGAAGAGUGAUGAGGUAAAGGGUGACGAUGAUAAAAAGGAAGGGGAGAAGAAGAAAGACAAGGGCGAUAAAAAGAAUGAUAAAAAGGAAGGCGAGAAGAAGAAAGACAAGGACGAUAAAAAGAAGAAACACAAGGGUGGUGACGGCAAAAAAGAGAAGAGUGAUGAGGUAAAAGGUGACGGCAAUAAAAAAGAAGGGGAGAAGAAGAAAGACAAGGACGAUAAAAAGAAGAAACACAAGGACGAGGAUGAGGAGGAGGUCAAGGCUGAAGUUACUUCCAGGGAGAUUGACACUGAAGAAAAUGUAAAGGAAUCAAAGGGUGAAGUAGAGGAGGAGACGCAGAAAGAUGAAGGAAAGGAGGGUAAAGAGAAGAAAGAUAAAGAGAAAAAGGUGAAGGGGGAGAAGGGGGAGAAGGGCGAGAAGAAAAGGAAAGUCGAUAAAAAGGACAAAGGCAGUGAUGUUGGAACGCUGAAACAGAAGCUAGAGAAGAUCAAUGUCAAAAUAGAAGGCCUACUUGAGAAAAAGUCAGACAUCAUGAGGCAGAUAACAGAAGCCGAAAGUGCAAGCCUCACUGUUGCUGAGAAGCCCACAGAAGCAGCAGCAUAG